AUUAAAAUGGCGUCAUCUAAGGAAACCUAUUGUUUGUGUGGUCAACCUUAUAAUAUUGGACAAUUUAUGAUAGAAUGUGAUUGCUGUCGUGAGUGGUUUCAUGGCAGUUGCGUUGAUGUCAAAAUAUAUCAUUCGGAUGACAUAGACAAGUAUCACUGCCCAAAAUGUGCACAGACAUACGGACCUUCAGUAUUAAAAAUACCAACAAACAAUCACCGGGCGGAUCGCUACGAGUUGGGAGCGGAGACACGGCCCUCACAGGUGGGAACUCCGGCCUGGGUGCGAGCGCUGGCCGCUCGACCUCUCCGGCCCGCCCCCGCAGCUCUACAGCGCAUGAGCCCCCAUCAGUUCACUGAGGAAUUCAUCAGAGAUAAUGGCUUCACGCGACCGGUAACAUUUACCACAACAGAUGGCUUGGAGAUGAAGACACCCAACCCUGGCACUUUCACAGUCCGAUCCGUGCUCAGAUAUUGUGGAGCUCAACUUGAGGUGGAAGUGAUAGACGUACGGAAGCAGUCGACGUUGCGCAUGCCACUGGGCGACUUCGUGGACUACUUCGAGACGCCGCCCGAGCAUAGAGACGAGAAGGUGCUCAACGUGCUCAGCUUGGAGUUCAGUGAGACUAACAUGUCCCGCGCGGUGGAGCCGCCGGGCGUGGCGGCGCGGCUGGACUGGUCGGAGCGCGCGUGGGGCGGCGGCGCGCCCCGCGAGCGCGCGCCCGCGCCGCUCGUGCGCAAGUACUGCCUCAUGUCGGCCGCCGGCGCGUACACCGACUUCCACGUCGACUUCGGCGGCACCACCGUCUGGUACCACGUGCUGCACGGACGAAAGAUAUUCUACCUUAUCCCGCCAACAGCGACCAAUCUCGCAUUGUACCAACAAUGGAGUGCGGCUAACAAUCAGAAUGAGAGGUUUUUCGGAGACAUGGUAGAAUGGUAUGGGACGGCUGAAGUAUCUGCCGGACAGACUCUCUUCAUACCCAGCGGGUGGAUCCAUGCAGUGCUAACACCGUGUGACUCUUUGGUCUUCGGAGGGAACUUCCUCCAUUCCUAUGCCAUUGAAAUGCAAUUACAGAUCUAUGAAAUAGAGCGUCGCGUGGAGACGCCGACAAUGUUCCGGUAUCCAUUGUUCGAGGCGAUGCACUGGUACGCCGGCGCCCAUCUACUCACCAUGCUGCGCCGGCAUAAUGAGGAGAUACAGGACGAGGAGUUCACGCUGAGUGAGAGUACCAGCCGGCCGACGCCGGUGGCCAUCCCCCCGCUGCUACUGCGCGGGAUCAAGAUACUCGCCAACGCACUCAAGGAGUGGCAUGCACUUAAAAGCACGGACACGGCGAAACGCGACAACGUGCCUAAAUGCCUCAACUCCGGCCAGCUGGUGAGGGAACUCUGCAAGGAACUCAGGACGCUGGAAAAACGGUCCACUACCACUACCAGUAAAGAUAAGGACUUCAAAGUGAAGAACCACGCGUCUCCGACCAAAUCAAAUUCAAAGAAAUCACAGAGCAGCUCAAAGAAGUCUUUGAAGUUGACAUUACCGAAGCCUAUAAUGCAUAUGGGUCAGAACGGCGAGUUUGUGGAGGAGAAGAAUUUUAAUGAUAAGUUUUAUAUUGAUAAUAAGGAGGUAGUAUAUCAAGAACGUUACGUAACAACAGAAGACGGUAAGUACGGCAAUGGUGUCCCGGACACAAAGUACGUGGUGGAAGGAAAAGAGAUGGUGAUCCCGGAUAAAGGAUACGCCUAUCAGACGUACGAAGAGGUCUCCUAUCCCGACGGCAAUGGGUAUGUCGAGAGACCGGACAAGAAGACCACUUUGAAGAUAAAAAUGAACAAUUCUCCAUCGUCAUCACGCGACGAGGCACCACCUCCAUACUCAUUGCCAGAGCAUUCUAUCCUGAAGUCCCACCUCAUACGAUCAGACCGACCCACCCUGAAACCUAUACAUCAAUGGACCAUCUCCAAAAAGGACAUCGGAGACUACCACGAGGAACAGAUACUAUUUACCAAUGAAAAUCUUCAAACUAAUGUCAGAAUUGAUGGACAGGAAAUGAAUUAUGGACCUGGCAUGUAUUCAGCAGAGGACAUACAGCAAGACUACCAAUACUCCGAAUCUGCCAAGCCUGGAUCGUACCAACCUGUUUACAACUACCAACAACCUCAACACAUUGCGUACACUGCAGUCGAUAACUACCAGAGAUAUGAAGAAGUACCCGGUGUUCAUCAGCAAACGGCGAGUUAUAACAACGUGGCGGUGGAGGAGACGGUGAAUGGAGACUACCACCAGAACCAGCUACCCUCGUACGACGCGGCCAUAGCUCACCAGUACACCGCUACUACUAACUAUGUGGUAGAAGAAUCAAAGCCAGGUGUAUCGUCAGCCAACUCGAGUCAGCCGACGACUCCAGUGCGACGGUCGGAGCGCCCCGUGAGACGUCGCGUGUCCAAUACGUAUGACUACGAGGACUCCGACCUGUACAUAGACGACACGCCCGCGCCGCGCCCUCGCAAGUCCAAACACAAUAAGCACUACCGACGCACUGAACAUAAUGCAACAUCGAACGUGUCGAGUUACAAGCAAAGCUCGCGGCCGGCGCCCGCCAAUGGCAUCGAGUCUCUCAUUCAAGCCUCCGUAUUGGCUGAGGAAGAACAACCUGCUAAUGAGACUGAGCCAGAAGAUGCAGCGGUAGCAGGGAUGCUGAGCAUCAGCUCUCGUUUCACAGCACCUCAGCGUACCUUCGGCCUGGCCAGUGACUCGCCUGUACCACGCCGCGCCAAGAAACCACCGCCUGAAGACGACCUGGCUGACGAAGAGGACGUCAUCAAGGAAGUACAUCGUGAUGAGGAGUAUGUGUAUCCAUCGUUAGAAAUGAGUUCAGACGAGGACGAGGAGUGGACGGCCUCGAAGCGACGGAGAAAUUCGAGGAACAGGGUAGAUUCGAAGUCAAAAGGAGAAAAGGACGAGGCGUGGUCCCCGCGCGGCGCGCCG